AUGCUCGUCUUCAACAUCAUCAGGAGUUACCUAUCGAACGUGCUGUGGAUACUGUCCACCACGGAGUUACCUAUUUGGGAUCAUAUUAAACACAUCCCAAAUGCUUUGAUUGUCAAUGUUGGCGAUAUGAUGGAGAUAGUGAGCAAUGGUGUUUAUAAGAGCAUUGAGCACAGAGCAGUUGUAAACUCAAAUAAAAAGAGGCUAUCUCUUGCAACAUUCAAUAUCUUUAACCUCGACUCUGAGUUAGGUCCUGCACACAGCCUCAUUGGACCACAUAAUCCUGCAAAAUUCCGAAGUGUUCGUGUUGAAAAAUUUUUGCAGGAAUAUUUUGCACGAAAACUUGAUGGAAAAUCGUUCAUUGAUUGGAUGAAGAGUUACCUAUCGAACGUGCUGUGGAUACUGUCCACCAUGGAGUUACCUAUUUGGGAUCCUAUUAAACACCUCCCAAAUGCUUUGAUUGUCAAUGUUGGCGAUAUGAUGGAGAUAGUAAGCAAUGGUGUUUAUAAGAGCAUUGAGUACAGAGCAGUUGUAAACUCAAACAAAAAGAGGCUAUCUCUUGCAACAUUCAAUAUCUUUAACCUCGACUCUAAGUUAGGUCCUGCACACAGCCUCAUUGGACCACAUAAUCCUGCAAAAUUCCGAAGUGUUCGUGUUGAAAUUUUUUUGCAGGAAUAUUUUGCACGAAAACUUGAUGGAAAAUCGUUCAUUGAUUGCAUGAAGUUAGAGAUGAAGGAUGAUGAAUCCUAG